AUGACCACUUCAACUUCCAGGGCCGCUACACCACCGAGUCCUGCCUACUCGGUAGCUGGGACCCUCAACGAUACAGGGGACUCUCACCACGGCGGUUCCCAGCAAAAGCCCGACCCUGAACGUGUGAGGAACCUCUCAAGGUCGUUCGAUAUCGAUAUGAUGCCCGAUAACGAUAACAGGACAUUGCCGGCUGCCAUCACUAACACGGACGCCACCUGUCCCGAUUCGGACAGGAGCCAAGACAAUGGGCACUGCUUGGACCUCACAUCUAGUUCAAGAUCAACAUCAACACCCAGUUCUGCCCCUCAAAUGGCCUCGACUGAGGAAUCCCCAGUCCUCUCUGGACGUAACUGUUUUGUCACCAUCGGCUCGAUCGCUUCUUUCCUGCCUCUUCUCGAGCAGGUCAUCACUGGCCCUUUCCUCACUCGCCUACAGGUCGCCGGGUUCAAGAAGUUGACGGUCCAAUGUGGUCCUAACCUUGCUUGGUUUGAGACUCAACUCGAGGCCUUGCGCUCAGGGGAGUUGCUGGCAGACUUGCAGGUGGAGUGCUUCUCCUAUGCUCCUGUUCUGAAGCCUUAUAUGCUGGAAUGCCGUGGCGAGCUAGGCAAGAGCUUGGCAGGGUGUGUCAUUGCGCACGCGGGUGCGGGAACCAUCCUCGAAGUCAGAAGAUAUGGGGCUCCCUUGAUUGUGGUGCCCAAUCCAACAUUGAUGGAUAAUCACCAACUGGAGCUUGCUGUGGAGGUGCAAAGGCAGGGCUGGGCGGUCCAUGGGAAGAUUCAGCCUGCGCCGUUCCCUGUCCCGGAGGCAGAACGCUUCAAGCUCUUCGAUUGGGUGGUACUGACGUGUUAUCCAGAGGAGUUUGAGCGCAAGAAACACUUGCUGCAACUGGAGUCGCUUGACAAGAGACAGGAAACCCGGGAGGAAGCUGAAACUGGGGCUGGCAGCCCAACUCUUGACGCCGCUGUCGAGCCAGCUGACGCCGCACGGAUGCAACUGGACUAG